AUGUCCAGGUACCUGAAGCACUUCACGGUGGUGGGUGAUGACCCUGUGCAGUGGAGCUAUGACUAUCAGAAAUGGGAGGAGGAGGAGGAGGCUGGGGAGAAGCAACCAGAUUCGGAGAUCAAGCUGGAGCCCGCCAGGAGACAGAUCUCCUUCCAGGACAUGAUGAAAAAGCUCUUCAGCUCCCACAGGUUUCAGAUCGUGGUUGUCUGCUUGGUCAUCCUGGAUGCCUUGUUGGUCCUUGGGGAGUUGCUUAUGGAAUUGAAAAUCAUUCUUCCAGACAAAUAUAAUAUCACCCCAAAGGUUUUCCACUACCUCUCCCUUUCUAUUUUAACCAUCUUCCUGGUUGAAGUGGGGUUUAAAGUCUUCAUCUACCGCCGGGAGUUCUUCCACCACAAGUUCGAGGUGCUGGACGGGAUCGUUGUCGUGGUGUCCUUCAUCCUCGACGUCGUCCUCAUCUUCUGGGAGCACGAGUUCGAGGCCGUGGGGCUCCUCAUCCUGCUGCGGCUCUGGAGGGUGGCCAGGAUCAUCAACGGAAUAAUUUUAUCAGUGAAGACCCGCUCAGAACAGCAGGUGUCCAAGCUCAAGCAAGCAAACCUGAAACUUGCAACAAAGGUGGAACAACUGGAGCACAGCUGCACAGAGAAGGAGCAAGAAAUUGAGAGGCUUAACAAGAUAUUAAAACAGCACGGGCUCAUCAGCGAGCAGAAAUAG